AUGAUGCAACAACAACAAAGACCAAAUACAACUGAAUUUAGAAGAUAUCCAAAAAACACUUGGAGAUUAACAAAAUUACAACAAAGAUAUGUUCAAUUGAAAAAUGAAGAAGAAUCAAAAGAAGAUUUAAUUACAUAUUCAAGAAGUGAACAAGAAUUAAGAAAACAUUUAUUAAAUAAUUUUAGUUUUAUUGCAAAUGGUGAUUUAAAUUUAAAUAAUUCAAAUCAAUCAACUGAAACUUUUGAACAAGAUAAACAUUCAUUAUCUUCAAUCCCAUCAUUAAUUAGUGCAAAUACUUCAAGUCCAAGUUUAUCUUUCCAAUCUAAUUUUAAUGAAGAUGAUCAUCAACCACAAUUAGUUUCUGAACAUUUAGAAAAAUACCAAGGUUAA